CCGGGCUAGUUCCCGGCGGGCUCUGACGCCAGCGUCUCGGGUCCAGGGUGCGGGGGCCGCGAGAGCGGCUGAAGAAGCUAAUCCGCACGGCCGAGGCCCCGCCAGUGGGAACGACGGCGGGGUUGUCCCCUGCUCUGCUCGGAGCGGCGUCGUGGCGCGUCCCCCCAGUCGAAGAAAAGAUGUGGAGUGGGCUACUGCCUCCUGACCUAAAUGAAAGUGAUGCUGAAUCAAAUUCUGAAGAUGAAGUGACACUAGAGAACUCAGAACUGAAUUUAAAGGAAGAUAAAGAGGAUAGGAUCAGUAGGAAACCAGAAGUCUCAGAUUUCUCAAGAGAUGGGUCAAAAACUGAAACAGAGGCCAAAGCAAAUGCAUAUGAAGAGUGCCCUUCUGGAAUCCCCAUAAAUAUGUGGAAUAAAUUUCAAGAAUUGCAUAAAAAACAUUCUGAACAGAAAACCUCAACCUCAAGAUUCAGAGGGAACAAAAGAAAACGCUCCAGAAAAGAUAAAUUGAAGAAUGAAAAAGAAUCUCAUAGUGAACAGUCUUCAAGUGAAACCCAGUGGAAGGAGCUUACUCAGUAUUUUGGAGCCAAUGAUAGAUUUGAUCCCCCUGUGAAGAAGAAAAAAGUUGACAAGUCAGGCCUUGAAAAGAGGAUGGACCAGGCUGUGGAGGAGUGGGAUGUUGAGAAGGCUGAAGAACUCAGCAACCAGCUAGCUACUCGAGAGCUUGGUGUAAAAAUUGCCAAAGCAAUUGCCUGCCACAAGUUUGUAAAAGCCAAAAAAGAGGCUGAAAAUUCACAGGCUGCUCGAAAGAAGAAGAAACUGGCAUGGGGGUUUGAAGCAAAGAAGCGAUGGGAAACCAAAAGCAACAUGGGAUAUAUGUAACUCUGCAAAGUUCUUCAAGACACUUGGAGACUUCAUGCUCAAUUUACUGGAAAGAUUUACUUACUUAAGUUAAAUAUGUCAGGAAAUUGAUAGAAGUAGACAAAAAUGAGCAUAAAACUUGGGAGUUGGUUAUCAA